AUGUCCGUUGCUCGUGGCAAGGGACGCCAUAUUGGUAAGGAAGGUCAUACGAACGUAAAUGAAAAGAACAAGGUUUGGGCCGAUCGUACUCAAUGGAGUAAGAAUCACUCCCAGAGUACCUGGAGGUCCACUUCUACGUCGUUGCCGCGAUCGGUGGGAGCAGGGGCCACACAAGAGACUCCACCGAGCUCCCAUUCAAUGAGCAUCCGGAAUGAGCGUGAUUUUUCCCUCGCCUUAUCUAUCCGGGCUGCUCAGGCAGACACAAGGGAAUGCCCCUGGUAUGGAGUGUGGGCUAAAGUCCUCCAAAAUUAUAUGUUUGCCGGGGCGGACGCAUCACGAACAUCAUGUACAUGCAUUCCACAAUACUCCCUCAUUGCAUCCCAUGAUUCCGGCCGCUCGCCGCCGAAUGGUGGCUCCGGUCGGUCCGAUUCUGACAUAUCCAUGGGCAGCCAUUCUUCAGAUCGGCAUUUGAUGACUCCAGGGGGCCCCCUUCCGGGACCACCACCUGUGCCCUACAACCCUACCCCAAAUUUCAGUCCUCAAUCACAGGCAAUUUUCGGAGGACCACUACCUCCCUUGACACCUAGCCCUGUGUACCCAGAUUUUCGUCGUCGUGAACCAUCCCCUGACAGUCCGACUACGCAGCACGUCACUCGUAUGCAGGCUCGUCGCGCUGUGAAUGUUUCCAACAAUCCUGUCAGCGCCUAUCCGCUGCCUCAAUAUUCGUCGUCGUCGUCAUAUCCGUAUCCAUAUCCAUCGGAUGGUACUUUCCCAAUAACUCCACCCAGGCCGACCACCACCUUUUCAAAUGCAUCUACCAGAAUUCCGUACUUUGUGCAAAUGCUCGAACAUGCACAACAGCCCUUCCCAGUCAUUCCCAGUCAUGUAAUCCGCCGGGUUAUUAUGAUAGUUGAAAUCAAACCGCAGUCAUAUGCUGUGCCCGGUGGGGUAUUCAAAUGGGAAACUAUCUGGAAGGAUCAAGUACAGGAACAAGUUCUUCAUGCAUUUGAGGCUGAUCGUACUCUGAAAUACUUGGGAGUCCUCAUAGCUGCAGGUCGUCGUUGGGUGUACAGCACUGUGAACCGUGGCAAGCUAGUUUCUCGCACAAUGUCAGAGAUGCGCGAUCCAACUUGGCGCGGCACUGGACCGCAAGUACCAUCGUCUGAUAAUUCCGUGGUAGAGGAGGGGGACGUCCAGCCUGUUCUUCCCUCGUGGAACAUCCCCGACUUUCUCCCCAAAGCAGAGAAUGGCACCUUAUAUCAAUUUGAUCUCCUGGACGCCAGGGGAGACUCCCUCAGAGCCUUUCAAGAAAUUGGCAUCUUAAUGGUGUGGGCAGGAGGGACGGUUUGGUAUUAUCGCGAGGCGGAAUAG